UGUAUGCGGAGCAAACGAGGAGGGGGAGGAGAAAGGACGCAGGCUGAGCAAUAGUGUGUAUGAGGGGCGGAACUCACCAAAGCCAGACAGUGUUGUCGGCGUACUGCACAGCUGAAGCCUCACUAUACGUCAUUCUUUUCGGGGACAGCAUUAGCGCAGCUGACGGCACUGUCUUGGUUUUUAGCAGGCUAACCAGUGGUGGGGAAUUUGUCUCUCCGCACCGGAACGCCAUUGUGUGCCUGUGGAUCUUCGCUCACUGUCGCCUGGAAAGUGCAGAGUCUGAAGACAAUGUAGCGAAGGAGGGUAUAGUGGACGCAGUGGUUUAGUUUUUAAACAAGCUCUAUUUACCAACGAGUAAUCCCGAUGUUUCACUUAAAACCUCAGGUGGGACUAAAUGUGAUUUAUGUUGGGUAAAGGGGUGAAGCGGAAGCUGGACGAGGAUGAGGACGGUGUGGAAGGCAAAGCGCUGGCGCCGGGCGGGCCGGCGGACGGGCCGUCCAAGGUGUCGUACACGCUCCAGCGGCAGACCAUCUUCAACAUCUCGCUGAUGAAGCUGUACAGCCAGCGGGCGGCGCCCGAGCCCAGCCUGGCCCGGCGCGUGCUGAUCAACAACAUGCUGCACCGCAUCCAGGACGAGCUGAGGCGCGAGGGCGGGGCGCGGCCCAUGCUGUUCCCGCCCUCCGCCCCGCCCGAGGACCCUGUGGACGAGGGCUUCUGUGAGGCCCCGCCCCCGCUGGCCCCGCCCCCGCCCCCGCUCGCCCCCCCGGACUCCUGCCUCACCCCCGCCUCCCUGCUGGAGGACGACGCCUCCUCUUUCUGCACCGCCCCGCCCCCACACAGACCGCCCCCCGCCUCCACAGACGUGGGCCAGAUCGGGGAGCUCUGUCCGCCUGCCGCCGCGAACACUACGACUACCUCCUCCUCCCCCGCCCUGCCGUCCGCACCCCCCUCGCCCCCAGCUGGGUCCGACCCAAAGGACUGCAGCAAGACCUGCAGCCAGAAGUUCGAGGGGCUGGUGUGGCAGCUAGAGGGCCGAUCGGGCGUGGCCACCAAGGCGGAGUCCAGACUGAUGGACUCCCUGCCCCCCAGCGGGCUGGACCUCACCUCCUCCUCUUCCUCCUCGGGGUUCCUCACUGACCUGGCCUUGGACGACAUCCUGUUCGCAGACAUCGACACCUCCAUGUACGACUUUGACCCCUGCACCACGGCGGCCGGGGUCAGCGCCUCCAAAAUGGCCCCCGUGGUGAUGGCGGACGACCUCUUCAAGACCCUGUCCCCCUACGGGGGCACCCCCGCCCCACCCGCCCCCAGCCCACCCUUUAAAAUGGACCUCACCGAGCUGGACCACAUCAUGGAGGUUCUGGUGGGCUCCUGAUCUCAGAAACCACGCAAAAGAACAACUUUUUGUUAUUUCACCUGUGUGUUUUUGUACAGUUUUCUAAGAACUGUUGAAAUGACUAACAGCGGUGACACCUGAUGCUACUACACCAUACUGUGCAUGUGCUGUCCUCCGCUUUCCAAAAAACGAAAAGACAAACUCUUGGCUUCUGGCUAAUUCAGUGCCUUUCAUCUGUCACAUAACCACUUUUUAAAUUCCAGCGCUUUUUUUACUUGUCGUUUUAUUUUUUAUUUUUUUAAAUGUCACUGAAAAAAAAUGCAAUAACCUUUUAAAGACUUGGUUGCCCCCCCCCCCCCCCCCCUUCUCUGAAUGAACUUUUACCAAGCACAAGGGGUGUACAAAGCAAGUCGCAUGUGUGUCUGUUUCAUUCAUCCUCUCAUUUACUCUCAUUGUCAGAAACUUUUGAGAAAAGUAUUAUUAUUAUUAUUAUUAUUAUUAUUAUUAUUGUGGUUGUUGUAGUUUCCUGUUCCUCUUGAUGAACCAGUCGGUUGGUACUGGUUGUAGUAUUCUGAGUGUCCAUUUCAAACUGCUGUACACAUGGAAUUGUAUUUUUCUAUCAAAUCUCUGAAUGGAGAAUAUUGUUUUCUAACAUUGAUGAAAAGCACAUAUUUUGAUAUGACUGUUUCUCAGAGCUCCUAUGUUUAGCUGACCCAAAAAUUGACAAGAAUAUGUAGAACUUUAAUGCAACGUCACCUGACUUACGACUACAGGACACACUCUCCAAAUCUAUAUAAAGCUUUACUGCCUUUGUAAAGCUGUCGGAAUUCAGCAUGAGAGGGACUUUUCAAAGUAUUGGUGAAAGAAAUUCUACUUGUUUACAUCUCUGAACAGAUAUCUUCCUCAGUCUCUAUGCUCCUCAUUCACUCAAUGUGAGAGUACUGAUGAGGGGAAAAAAACUACUCCCAUGCCAUCAGAAUUUUAUUCUAGGGUUUAAAAAUCUCUAUUUUAUUGGGUAUAAUUGGCUGUUUUUUAUUGAUAUUUUAGUUUGAAAAUAAUUGAAGGCUAACUAAUUAGUAACUAACAAUUAUUAGUGGGUUUUCUCUCUGACCUAAUAAAUGCUGUCCAGUAGAUCAGUCAACAGCGGUAAGGAAGGUAACCAAGCAAGCUAAAUUAUGUACGACUCUUCAGUGAAGAGGCGCUAGCAUGCCAUUUCACAGAACAAACACUCAUAAGCGUUGUGUAACAAGCUGCAUAAGUUAUCGCUUUCCAACCACUAAAUGCACCAAACCACGUUCCUUCACAUCUGGGCUAUCAUGGUGUGUACGCCAUAAGAUCUAUGUGCGACAAAUCAUCUCGCCUGCUGCCAAAAUAGCUUUUAGGCAUCGUACAGUUCACGCCUUUUUAACGGUACGCGGGCGCAUUUUGUCGAUUGGGUUGUGGCCCAGUAACGGUGGAACAACAUCGGUUCCGCACAAGUAACUCCCGUAUGAAUUUAUCGUUUUUUGUUUUUUAAUGCGUUACGGUCUGCGCACAGGCAGGGUGGAAAUGCGGUGUAGUUUCUCAGUCGUCUUUAGGAUGGACCUUAGGGGAGAGGAGGCCGGCCCAGACGCUGGGAGCCUCGGGGAGCAGACGGGGAGUGUAGGAGUCAGGAGGAGGCCAGUAGGGAGGUGUAAGUGGCAGCACAGUACUGGGGAGGUCCAUGGAAGAUGUUGAAGGUGACCAGUGAGUUGCAUUCUGCUUUAUAUACACACAUACUAUAUAGCACUCGGGAUAGUACGCAGGUGUCUGUGACAAAGCACUUGAAGCAUGUAAGAUGAUGGCGUCUCAGUCAUGGAGGCUAGGAGUCAGUGGUUGCUCGAUGCCAAUUUUUUGCUUUAUUCCCUUUAUUUGUAUUGAGAAAAAACCCCAAAAAACACACUUCCUGUACCCUGCUCAUUAACAAUGGCAUCCAGCAUUCCCAGAAUGCACUGUCAAAGGGUCUUCUAGGACUGUCUUAAUUUCUGUGGCACGUUCUUGCUUUUCUCAAUGCAAAGAUAAAUGUUGUCAAGUAAACUAGAAGCUUGUCACAGAGAUUACAGUUAUGAACAGAACCCAGGUAUCUAUGGGUUUUUGGUAUCCAAAAGAGACGCAAGAACUUCAACUACAAUGUGCACCAAAAUACACAUCCUGCCAUCUUGGAUUUAAGUCGAUCGCAUGACAGUCCAGUGGGUCGGACAGGUAAUUCGUACCUGAGUGAUGACAUCUACAGUACACAUUUCUACCAAUAGGAUCUUGUCUGUUUUAAAAUGGCGGAGGUCUGGAGAGAGAGGGGCACUCCACACCAUAACUGCUGACUCAUGGCCCUGCCUGGUGACUGCAGUCUGUUCUGUUUGUGACUGGUGGAAUCUGCAGUGACAGAAAGGCUUUUGGGAAAUAAUGUGUGUCCCCCUGACUAAGUUUGUGGGGAGCAGCUCAACAGUGACGAAGAGGGCGAACAACAUGCAAUACUAUUACUAAUUAAUAUGUAAUUAAUAAGUUUAAUGGUUUAAAAUAUUUUGGUUUUGAAGUGAUUGUUCAGUUUAUUUAUUUGUUUCCUGUGUAAAUAUAUUUAUAUUUAUGUGCUAACAUCGGGAUUGUAAUGUGUACAGAAUGUAUGGUAGGAGUGUUUUUCUUCUUUUAGGAAUGUUAUAUUAUCUAUGGAAAUUGGGUGAAAGCCAUGUUUGAGUGCAUUUUUUUUCCCCCCACUGGUGAAUUGGUGUGGUAUCUGUACCGGUCCUUGGUUUAACACCAAUCAGACGGUGACGACGGUGUCUCAUUUCAGUGUGUAUGCGUCAGUUUUGUGUCCUUGGGGAAAGACUGGAGCCACAAUACAACACAAUGCAAUUUAAUACAACUUUGUUCUCGCAAACAUUUGAAACCGAGGUCUGGGAAUGUAAGCUCGCCGUGUGAGACGGCGUUGUCAGCCAUCGAUGCCAAACUGUGCUGAGAUGUUUAAGACGAGGAAAGUGUGCUAGGUUUCUCCUGUACCUUCAUUUUGAGCAGUGAUGUUCUGCUGAUCCCCGCGGACAAGACCAGUGUUUCCCGACCGCUGUGCCUCAGUAUAGAUGGGUGGAUCGAUAGAUAAUCGCAUUUAUAUAUCGCUUUUCUCAGACUCAAAACGCUUUUUCAGUAAUGAGGGGGAAACUCACCUCAACCACCAACAACGUGCAGCACCCACCUGGGUGACACAACGGCAGCCAUUUUGUGACGGUGCUCACCACACGUCAGGAGAGGUCGGGCGUGUUACUCACUUUUGAGAGUGGUACAUUUGGAAGCUGUGCCGCAGAAGGAAAAAGGUUGGGAAACGCUGGUCUAGGCAGCAAAAUGGUUAUAUGCAGUAAAUUUGGGUGCGUGGUUGGGGUUGGGUGUGCGACCGCAUGUGGAUUUUGGUGUUGCUUGAGGGGACUGGGUUUGGGAGAGGUGUGUGUGUGGGGUGUGGGUACUCUUCCAUAAAGCAGGCUGUAUUUUACAUAGACCCUGGAGCUGUGCCUUUUUCUAUGCAAUAUUACCCAGAUAUUUGUCAGUGGAGGCGGGGACGAAAGCAUCAACACUGACUACUGUAUUUGCGUCAACUUACGGACUAUAGUAUCUAUUACAAUGGUCAGGUGUAUAUGAAUUUGA